GUUGAUUCCUUUGUUUGGUAUUUUCAACAUGGUCCUGGCACCUCGCACAUUGAGCUUAACCGGAGCACACAUGUUGAAAAUCCACCAACCUAGCAUUGACCAUCCAUUCGGACUGGAUCUGUGGUACCUGUUUGAACAAUUAAGCAUCCGUACCACAGGAUGGAAUCCUUCAGAGUUUGAGUUCAUUCCAGGCAAAACUCCUUUUUCCCAAUGGUCUAGUGUCAUUGCGUCAAUCACCUUGUACUAUGUAAUUAUUUUGGGCGGACAGGCGUUUAUGAAGAACCAAAAGCCCGUCAAGCAACGUCGUUUGUUUCAAUUGCACAAUUUUCUCCUGACCGUCGUUAGCGGUGGUUUGCUUGCUCUCAUGUUUGAGCAAGUAUUCCCUAUGUAUGUUCGCCAUGGCCUUUACUUCUGUGUUUGCGACUCUCGUCACUUCACUCAAAAACUUAUCACUCUUUACUACUUGAAUUACAUGACCAAAUAUCUCGAACUUCUCGAUACUGUCUUCUUGUUCUUGAAGAAGAAGCCUCUUGCUUUCUUGCAUUGUUAUCAUCACGGCGUUACCGCUUUACUUUGCUUCACCCAGCUUUUGGGUCGUACCUCCGUACAGUGGGUCGUUAUUAGCUUGAACUUGUACGUCCAUGUUAUCAUGUACAGCUAUUACUUCUUGGCUGCUUGUGGACGCAGAGUUUGGUGGAAGCAAUGGGUUACCCGUGUCCAAAUUAUCCAAUUUGUUAUUGACCUUGUCCUUUGCUACUUUGGUACUUAUACCCACGUUGCUUACCACUUUUUCCCCUGGUUGCCCCAUGCAGGUGAUUGCUCUGGCUCCUUGUUUGCUGCUAUUUUCGGUUGCGGUGUACUUUCUUCUUAUUUGGUCUUAUUUAUUGGUUUUUACGCCAAUACUUACAUCAAGCGUGGUGCUAGAAAGAACGCUAAAAAGGCCGCUGGUAAACCUGAUGAUACCAAGACUUUGCCUUCUGCCACUGAGGAAGCUUUGGCUGCUACAACUGCAUCCAACUCUUCUCCUUUCAACGCUCGCUCCCGUAAGCUCUAGUUUGUUGUACUAGAGCCCCUUGCGAGCAUGAUAUGCGAUUAUAAACAUCGCUCAUCUUUUGCUAUAUAUAGAUUUCCCUGAUAUAAUUUUGAGGUAAAGUUGACAAGCGAAAAUAUCAUCUGCGUGGAAGAUGUGUUUAUACCAGUUGGAUAUUCCCUUACCAAUGAUGCUCUGUUUGCUUUAUCAGUAAGUGGGCCUUUGUAAAGAAUUACUCAUUGGUAUAAAGUGUCAUGGUAGUCUGUUGCCAGCCCGUGCAAGAAAAUCUUCGUUAUCACUAUUCGUUUCAAUGUUUUCCCUCGUUCAUCUGCAUUUUGCAAGAAUCCUCAAAUUCCUAUCGGUUAAUUAGGGUUUCGUCGGCGAAACCAUAGUCCUUCUUUUAAUCUUUGCAUUCGCUUGGGUCACUUUUUAUUAUUGAAUCUCCAUUGUGUUAGUUAAUAGAGAGAGCUUUUUUUCCUACAUCACAUAUAUGUACCAUAAAUUGUUUAUAUACGUGUCGCUAUCAGAAAAUAAGGCUAUAAGCCUAUUUUAAUAGACCAAACCCCAUAUAUAUGUGUUUUAUACUUUGUGAACCGUUGCUCUUCUGUUGUUAUUUUCAGCAUGAGCUUUCAACUUGUUAACUAAUGUAUGCUUGCAUCUUAUAUUCAUGUUGUUUGUUUCUCUUAAAUUAAAUUAUAAUAUAACUAAAAUAUGUACAUCGUACAACUUGCGAAACA